UGGAAGUGAAGGCGAGUGGCCAUUAGCAGGAGGUCGGGGUGCCGGGGUACCAGCGAUUACGAUAAGUGGUAGAUAGGCGAUCGUGAGGUCGCGUCAGCUUACUUAGAAGCUCCACCAUUGUUUGUCAAUCUCGAGCGUUACGCGAAAAUCUGCAACUAUUAACGGGAACACAAACCGGAAGCCCUUACGAGAAUGAUGGAGGGAAGCAAGAGGAGAUCGAAUAGUGGAACGAACGUGCAAGGAGAGUUGGCGCGAUGAGUCGAACGAACCGGGUGCCUCGAGAAACAAGAAGCUUUUGCUCCCUACGAGGAUGAUUUCAGUCGUUCGAUUGUUGCUCGUGCUCUUAGCCACUCUUUCUGGGGCAAAUUGUAAGCCGCGAUCAGACACUUCUCGCGAUUGCGCGCAUUCAGAGUCCACUCUCGAACGAUCCACAGCUACGGGAAUGGAGUCGGGAAUGAUAACGGGAACGAUUUCGGCGGAUGGUAACGUCGCGAUCACGAUUCUCGAGGAGCUCGAGAGUCGUUUAUCUCGUCUGGAAAGAAGACUGAGGGCGGUUGAGCAACCCGUUUGGCAGAUGAGCUCCGCCGAGGAAGAUUGGGAGAUUUGCGCGGAAGGGCCGUGUAGGUGUCAGCCGGAAACUAAAUCGGUGUCUUGUUGGAGGCAGAAUCUGUUGGAUCUUCCCGCGGCGCAACUAGUUCCUCGAGAUGUGUUGAAAUUGGACCUGGCUGGCAAUCGACUGACGGCGCUUCACAGGGAUACCUUCUUGGACAUGACACGGUUGAAUCAUCUAGAUAUCAGCGACAACUCGAUCGAGCAUCUUCCUCUAAACUUGUUCUUCUCGCUGCACGCUGUCACGCGUAUCAGGCUGAGCAAAAAUUUGCUCGGCGAGUUGCACCGAUCUCAAUUUCUGAGCACGCGAAAUCUCCGUAUUCUGGACGCGUCGUCCAACAGGCUGCAAACUCUACCGGAAACUCUCUUCCUAAGUACAACGUCGCUGGUACUGCUCGAUCUGUCCUGCAAUCAACUAUCGAGCUUCGCGUCGGAAACGUUUCGCGGCUUAUCAACGCUGGAGGAGCUCUUAUUAGGAAAAAAUCGUCUGUCAACCCUUCCUAUAGACCUGCUCAAGGACCUGACGAAUCUGAAGUACCUCGGUUUGGAAGAGAACCGGCUAAAAGAAUUACCCGACGAAUUGUUUCGAGCGCAAGCGUCGCUUCAGGAAUUGAACGUAAGGGGCAAUCAACUGACAGAGAUAUCCGCGAGUUUGUUGGCUCCGCUCGAAGGUCUGCGCUCCCUCGAGAUGUCUAACAACAAGAUAGCCAAAGUAAAUAUCGGAUAUCGAUUCAUUGGCCUUUUAUGGCUUGGUAGCGUUGAAAGAACUUCAGCUGGGACACAACCGUAUACGACAUUUAACACCGGGACUAUUUACAAAUUCUACUGGUUUGGAAAGACUGGUGUUGUAUGCAAAUGGUAUAGAAAGCCUGUCACGUGGUGCGUUUCACGGCUUGUCAAACUUGACUUCUCUGUUUCUGCACUCGAACCACCUGAACAGUCUGCAUCCCGAUUUGUUCGAGGAUACGCCGAGUCUGCGAAAACUCUGGAGUCAAAUUAUCUAUCUUCUUUGCCACCUCGGAUUUUCGACACGGUGCAGUUCAUCGAGCAGCUUCGCCUUGCUAGAAAUCCAUGGCACUGCGACUGCGCGGUUUCCUAUUUGGCCAUGUGGUUGCAAAAAAUGUACCUAGCGCGAGUAAAUGAAACAAAACCAGGUGAAGAUUUGGGCGUUUGGGAAUUUGGCGCUGGAGCGGUUUGCAGAGGUCCUGGAACACUCGGUGGCAAAUUAUUGCUACAUCUGACGUUUCACGAGCUGUGCGAGGGUCAAUGGGCCUCGAUGAGGGGCUUGGUACCUCGACUUCCAGUCGAUCGCGUCGGUAGUGGUGGCGGUCGAGUCGUAGCUUCCACGGACGAUCCGUUCUCGCGAAACGAACCUAUUUCCGUGUUUAAUCUGUCUCGUUCUCUCUCUAUGGAACGAUAACAGCUUUUUUUUUAAAAGAGGAAACAGCUCGACAUGCGUUACAUGUAUAUAUUCGCUGUUAUCGAAGAACUCUCGAACGAAGUUUCCCUCCAUCUGUUGCUUGUUAUUUCUUUCUUUCUUUUUUUUUUUAAGUAUCUCGUCAUUUUCUCUCGUAUGUACAAUAUGUGUAUUUUAUCGUACGAUUUUAUCGACCGUAUAAAAUGGCUCAUGAAAGCACAGAAAAAAAGCAGCGAUUAAGGCACUUGUCAAGUGUAGACAUACUAAGGACAGAAUGAACAUGACCGCAGACGAACUGUACGUAUCUCUGACAUAACGUUAUAUGGGCAUAGAUUAAACGCAUACAAGACAGACCUGACAUGAAAAAGAUCGGAGUGUGUAUCUGUUACGCCCUCUGCAAUUUUCUACAGCAAACGUAGGAAUUACAUUCAACUGAAUUGCCGAAAACAAUAAAAUCAGAGUAGCUAUACAAACAUAUUCAUCUGUCGGACUUCAAAAAAAAAAAAGCUUUUUUGCUAUGGUUUAAACGUAUAUGUGUACUGUUAUUGUUUUAUGAAUUAUUUUCUUCCCUAACUAUCAAGAAUAAAAAAAGCUUGAAAGCUCGUUUUAGA